AUGGCAAGUGAAACUCCUAAAUCAAAAAAAUCAAAAGGAAUGACAAAACAACCCGAUCUUCGGCAAUUUAUGUUCAAGAAAAUGAAAUCUCAAGAGAGUGAGUCUUCUUCUCCAACAGAUAAGUUACCUCAAGCUCAAGAAAAUGUUAUAAAUUUGGGUGGUUCAAGUAGUACUUGUUUGCCAUUAGAGGAUAAAGAAUUGAUUUAUGAUGUUGAGCUUCUUCCUCAUGACCCGGGAAAAAGAAUUAGUAUAAUGGAUUAUCCUCCAAAUGAACGAGAUGUGGUUAGGAGAGCAUAUAUUCUGAAAAACCUUGUCAACCAAAAACUCAUGAUUUUCCUCGCAAAGACCUUAGAGAAUGAAGUUGGGCUUAAUGCUGGGGGAGAUGCAUUUGUUAAUAGAGGAUUUAAGUCAUGGAAUAAACCGGAAAGAUUUCUGAAACAUGUUGGUGUUGUUAAAAGUGCUCACAAUCUUGCUUAUGAGAAAUAUGCAAACUUAAGAGAUGGGAAGAAAAAAUCAAUUCUUAUUUCUUUUGAAAAUGACACUGAUGUGAUUCAAAGAGAGUAUGAAAUUCGCUUGAAAGCUUCAAUUUCUUAUAUUAUCAAUUGUUGUGCUAAAGAAACAACCAAGCGAAUUGUGGAGGAGCUAGGUGAUGGCUACUUUGCUAUAUUGGCCUAUGAGUCUAGUGAUGUAUCCCAAAAGGAACAACUAGCUCUUUGUUUGUUUUAUGUUGAAGGAAAAAUGGGAAAGGUGGUGGAACGAUUUCUUGGACUUGUUCAUGUUGGUGAUACUACGGCUUUGUCUCUUAGAAGUGCAAUUAUGUCCUUACUUGUUGAACAUUCAUUGAGUCCAUCCAAGAUUCGAGGGCAAGGAUAUGAUGGAGCUAGUAACAUGAAAGGUGAGAUAAAUGGCCUCAAGACUUUGAUUAGGGGAGAUACUCCAAGUGCUUACUAUGUCCAUUGCUUUGCUCAUCAACUUCAACUAACUCUUGUAGCCAUUGCCAAAAAGAACAAUGAGUGUGUUUGGCUUUUUGAUACGUUUGCAAUCUUGUUGAAUGUGAUUGGUGUUUCUUGUAAGAGAAGAGAAAUGAUUCGAGAAUUUCAAGCACAAAAAGUAGCUUGGAAAUUGGUGAACUUGAAACAGGAUCGAGAUUAA